UCUUUUGUUAACCUAGCAUGUUCAACAACACAGGUAGCUAACAAAAGCGUGAAGCUUUGAGUGGAGCCCCUUCAUGACUGAUAUGUUUGCUCCGUUUUAUUCAUUUGUCUUGUUGUUUUUGUAUUCCGCCAUUUGUUGGAAAACGGUGUAUGCUAACGGCUCACCGUCGCUGUCGUAACGCUAAGUUAGAAGCAGUUUAACUGUUAGCUGGUUAUUUUUUGACUUUAAACAAUGAAGACCGACAACGUUAGUUGACGCUUUAGCUGAAUAACGAGCAUCAGCUAGCUCAAUCCCACGAUGAUGCUCCAGGGUGGAUCGACGCAGCUCCUCUGCCUCACAGCCAGCAGUGGGGUCCCUCUUUUCACAAGAGGCGCCUCCAAACAGCUGCCCUUCUCUGUCAUCGGCUCCCUCAAUGGUGUUCACAUGUUCGGGGGAGGUCAGGGAGUCUCGCUGUCCUCCUGUGAGACUGAAGGCGGGGGUAAGGUGGUGUGGAGAGUCUUCCAGGACAGCGUGAUGCUCAUCGCCGUGACUGGAGGCGGACAAGGAGACGCAGGUAGCAGCAAAGAGGAGGAGGUGCGUUUACAGCGCCUCCUGGAGAAUGUGUGGAACUGCAUGGUGCUGGUGUUGGGGCAGGAUGAACUGGCCAAUGUCAGGAAUGUGGAGAGGCUGAAGAGGGAUUUGCGGUCCUGCUUCAGCCUCAUUGAUCAACUGCUGGAGGAGAGGCAAGAGGGCAUCCUGGGUAACCUGACACACUGCGCUGAUUCACUGCUGCCCCCUAACCCAUCUCUCCUUCAGCAGGCCAUGGAUGGCUUUGCUCAGUCAGCAGACAGUGAAUUCGGCUGCCUCAUGGUUAAUGGGAGGAUAGCUGCUGCGACUGAGAAAUGGUGGCGUCUUGCACCGCAGGAGGGCAGCCCCACCGUGGCCCACCGCCUCCUCCGCUUCCAGCUGCUCCCAGGGGCGGAUGUGUGCGUGCUGUGCGGCCCGACACCUUCCCUGCACAGUGCCGAGAGUGGGCUGGUGGUUCGGUUCUGGACGCCCCUGGUGGAGACCCUGCGAGACUGCCUGGCUGUUGGAGAGCGCUGCCUACCAGGAUCUGUAUCCCUGCGCCCUGAUGUGCAGGCACUUCUUCUCAUCAACCGUGAAACGCGCCGCUCUGUCUCCUGUGUGCGGCGUCCCACUCACCACCCGCCUGGUGACCCUCCAUUACCCUCCAAGGCACGCUGCUGGGAGCUGAUGAAGCUCUUCUACAUCUUCAGCACGACACGCUACUUCACCCAGGAGGAGAGUGUGUGUCUCACCCCAGAGGAGAGGGCUGAGGGAGGCAAUAUCGAAGACUUCGCCCUUGGAUUCUCCCACCAGCCGCUGCAGUGCUAUCUAGUUACAGAUGAAUGCAAAAGCUUCGGACUUCAGACAGCACAACACCAGCUCUUCCUGCUUACCCCACUGUCAGUGCCCACCUUUGCCCUACGUACGGUGGCCACACAGACUCUAUCUGAUGUAGUUACAGCCACUGGGUUUUAACUGAACAAUUUACUUUUGUUAACAUCUUUAAUUUUUUGGUAAAUCCACCAUCUCUGACCUCAUUAUGUAUACAGUUGCAGAAGAACAGCGAUUCGCCUGUAAAGUGAACUGGCCACUGAUGUUGUGAUUAUUCUCAUACUUUUAUUGAUGACUGCAAAUACAUUUAAAUACAUGUUUACUAACCGGUCACUGUUAAGUAGAUCAGAAAAGGAUAAUCACUGCUAAUGGUCUCAGCAGGUAUUUAUACACAGCUACUGAUCGAGAAUGUGAUACUCUUGAAAAUGUCCCAGCAAAGUGAGCUGCUUUGAGCCUUGUUUUGCCUUCAAGAGAGAAGAGACUGGAGUAUUGUGCCGAACUUCACUAGCUUCACGGCUGUCCCUGUUCUAGUCAGGAAGGUUGAUUACUCUUACUGAAUACAUUAUCACUGGGAUUGCACAUAAAAAAUGUAUCAGAGAAUGAUGUGACAGUGUAACACUGGGAUAAAUAAGUGCCUCCUGUCUAUACAGAAAUGUUGAAAUUAUUUGUUUGUGCAUUUUACUCCUAAUUAUAGUUUGUUACUUUUAUGUGG